AUGUUCAUCACACUUGAUUUCACUGGGGGACCAGUUCAGUUCAUCCACAAGUUUGGCAGUAAUAGUCACCCACCGAAUGGACUGCUGCAAAGACGGGAAAGGAAAGCAAAAAGCAGAGGCUCCAGCGGGGUGUGCCACGCGACCGCGUCCAGGGCAGGAGACCGCGUCCAGGGCAGGAGACCGCGUCCAGCGCAGGAGACCGUGUGCAGCACAGGAGACCGCGGCCAGCGCAGGAGACCGCGGCCAGCGCAGGAGACCAUGUGCAGCACAGGAGACCGCGUCCAGCGCAGGAGACCGCGUCCAGCGCAGGAGACCACGUCCAGCGCAGGAGACUGCGUCCAGCGCAGGAGACCGUGUGCAGCACAGGAGACCGCGUCCAGCGCAGGAGACCGCGGCCAGCGCAGGAGACCGCGGCCAGCGCAGAAGACCACAUCCAGCGCAGGAGACCGUGUCCAGCGCAGCACAGGAGACCGCGGCCAGCGCAGGAGACCGCGUCCAGCGCAGAAGACCAUGUCCAGCGCAGGAGACCACGUCCAGCGCAGGAGACGGCAUCCAGCGCAGGAGACCACGUCCAGCACAGGAGACCGCGUCCAGCGAGGAGACGGCACCCAGCGCAGGAGACCGCGUCCAGCGCAGGAGACGGCAUCCAGCGCAGGAGACCGCGUCCAGCGCAGGAGACGGCAUCCAGCGCAGGAGACCGCGUCCAGCGCAGGAGACGGCGUCCAGCGCAGGAGACGGCGUCCAGCGCAGGAGACCGCGUCCAGCGCAGGAGACCGCGUCCAGCGCAGGAGACCGCGUCCAGCGCAGGAGACGGCAUCCAGCGCAGGAGACCGCAUCCAGCGCAGGAGACAGCAUCCAGUGCAGGAGACCGUGUGCAGCACAGGAGACUGCGGCCAGCGCAGGAGACCGCGGCCAGAGACGGCGUCCAGCGCAGGAGACCGCAUCCAGCACAGGAGACCACGUCCAGCGCAGCACAGGAGACUGCAUCCAGCGCAGGAGACCGCGUCCAGCGCAGGAGACCAUGUCCAGCGCAGCAUAGGAGACCGUGUCCAGCACAGGAGACCACGUCCAGCGCAGGAGACCACGUCCAGCACAGGAGACCACGUCCAGCGCAGGAGACCGUGUCCAGCACAGGAGACCACGUCCAGCGCAGGAGACGGCGUCCAGCGCAGGAGACCACGUCCAGCGCAGGAGACCGCGUCCAGCGCAGGAGACCACGUCCAGCGCAGGAGACCACGUCCAGCGCAGGAGACCGUGUCCAGCGCAGGAGACGGUGUCCAGCGCAGGAGACCGCGUCCAGCGCAGGAGACCGUGUCCAGCGCAGGAGACCGCGUCCAGCGCAGGAGACCGCGUGCAGCACAGGAGACCGCGUCCAGCGCAGGAGACCGCGUCCAGCGCAGGAGACCACGUCCAGCGCAGGAGACCGUGUCCAGCGCAGGAGACGGUGUCCAGCGCAGGAGACCGCGUCCAGCGCAGGAGACCGUGUCCAGUGCAGGAGACGGUGUCCAGCGCAGGAGACCGCGUGCAGCACAGGAGACCGCGUCCAGCGCAGGAGACCACGUCCAGCGCAGGAGACCGCGUCCAGCGCAGGAGACAGCGUCUAGUGCAGGAGACCGCAUCCAGCGCAGCGCAGGAGACCGCAUCCAGUGCAGCGCAGGAGACCACGUCCAGCGCAGGAGACUGUGUCUAGCGCAGGAGACCGCGUCCAGCGCAGGAGACCGUGUCCAGUGCAGGAGACGGUGUCCAGCGCAGGAGACCACGUCCAGCGCAGGAGACCGCGUCCAGUGCAGGAGACCGCGUCCAGCACAGGAGACCGCAUCCAGCGCAGCACAGGAGACCGCGUCCAGCGCAGGAGACCACGUCCAGCACAGGAGACCGCAUCCAGCGCAGGAGACCGCAUCCAGCGCAGGACACCGCGUCCAGCACAGGAUACCGCAUCCAGCGCAGCGCAGGAGACCACGUCCAGUGCAGCGCAGGAGACCACGUCCAGCGCAGGAGACCGUGUCCAGCGCAGGAGACCAUGUCCAGCGCAGGAGACUGUGUCUAGCGCAGGAGACCGCGUCCAGCGCAGCGCAGGAGACCGCGUCCAGUGCAGGAGACCGUGUCCAGUGCAGGACACCGUGUCCAGUGCAGGAGACCACGUCCAGCGCAGGACAGCGCAGGAGACCACAUCCAGUGCAAGAGACCGCGUCCAGCGCAGGAGACCACGUCCAGCGCAGGAGACCGCGUCCAGCGCAGGAGACCGCGUCCAGCGCAGGAGACCACGUCCAGCGCAGGAGACCGUGUCCAGCACAGGAGACCGUGUCCAGCGCAGGAGAUGGUGUCCAGCGCAGGAGACCGUGUCCAGCACAGGAGACCGCGUCCAGUGCAGCGCAGGAGACCACGUCUAGCGGAGGAGAUGGUGUCCAGCGCAGGAGACCGUGUCCAGCACAGGAGACCGCGUCCAGUGCAGCGCAGGAGACCACGUCCAGCGCAGGAGACCGCGUCCAGCGCAGCACAGGAGACCACGUCCAGCGCAGAAGACCGUGUCCAGCGCAGGAGACCGCAUCCAGCGCAGCACAGGAGACCGUGUCCAGCGCAGCGCAGGAGACCGUGUCCAGCACAGGAGACCACGUCCAGCGCAGGAGACCACGUCCAGCACAGGAGACGGCGUCCAGUGCAGGAGACCGCGUCCAGCACAGGAGACCGCGUCCAGCGCAGGAGACCACGUCCAGCACAGGAGACCGCGUCCAGUGCAGGAGACCGCGUCCAGCACAGGAGACCGUGUCCAGCGCAGGAGACCGUGUCCAGCACAGGAGACGGCAUCCAGCGCAGGAGACCGCGUCCAGCGCAGGAAACCGCGCAGCUGGUAGAAGCUGCACUGGGCGAGGAGGCCUUCUCCCUUCACAGGAAGGGUCUGAGGGUGUUAGUAGAAGGAAAUUCUUCGUCAGGGGAAGUAACAUAAUCCCUACUGUAUCACAGUGUGAGGGCUAUUCAGUGGAGGAGAGAAAUUGA